CCCCGCCCGCGUUGGAGAAAAAUUCAAAUAAGCAGAGAGAGAGAGAAGAAGGAAGAACGAAGAACGAAGAACGAAAAACGAAGAACAUGGGUUUGGGUAGUGAGGUUGAAGACGAUCUUCAUCGCCUUCGUUAUCUUUCUUCUCUUCUCCAUCAGAUUGACGAGCUUGUCGUGCAAGCCAUUGAAGUGAAUUACAACAACAACAAAACCAUAAGCAAAGAGGGCAAAACGCAAAUUGAGUCUUUUUCUCGUGUCCUUUCUGACAUGCUCUCUUCUUUGGAGCCAUGGGUUCCCAAAAUUCAAAAAGCCCUUAACCCUCAAAACACAGUUUCUGACGAUGAAACCAUAGAAUGUGACAGUCCUGAAGAGACAACCUUGAAUUUAGUGUCUCCUUCACCCCUUGUGUCAUGGCGUGCCAACUGCACUGUUGAAAGAGGAAGACAAAUGUUCAUGCUUACACCUCUUCCAUUAUCAUCCAAACACCACCAACCUAAACCACACUUCCCUCCUCCCACCACAUCAUCAACCACUACCUUCAAGGACAGUGUUAUGGUGAAACCAACCCCAAUUAAGCAGCAACUUCCAAACAACCAAGACGGAUCCAUGCUUCUUAUGAUGACUCCGUGCUUGAAAAUGUCGCCUCCUAGAUCCUGCCUUUUGCUCGAACCCAUAUCCGAAAUCUCACGGUUGGGAGAUCGCAAUGCUCGCAAGGGCACUCCCUAUCCUGUUGGGAUUCAUUGCAGUGAUUCAGAAUCUUCCAGUAGUGACGAUUCUUCGCGUGAUCUGUCGUUGAUGUAUCCGGAGCUCCUGGGGAUACACAAGUCAGGAAUUGGGAAGAAAACGGUGGAAGCCUCGCCCGAUUGGUUUACCUCACCUCCUAAAACUUGUGUUUUGUUGGAGCCACCUGAUGAAAAGAUUGAUGAACACUUGUGUGUUCAGAUAGCUGACAGUAUUCUUAAUGAACAAGUCAGCAAGUUUGAAGAUGAUGAUGUUUCAAAAGAUCAUGAUCAAGCCAAGAAGUCUUGCAACCAAGAUCAUUUUGUUGGCAACUUAUCACAUGUAAAGAGCACUCCCUUGCCUGAAAGUUCGUUUCAAACGGGGAAAUGUCCUGGCGAAAAUACUUUGAAGAAGGAGUUAUGGACUAAGUUUGAGGCUGCAUCCACUUGGGGAUGUCAACCCAAGGUACCCACUGGUCAAAAGAGUGCUCACAAAGGGUUUCUUGAUUUACUGGAAGAAGCUUCCUGUGAUGAAUAAAUUAAAGCCAAGAUAUAUGCAAGCAAAUAGUCUCACUAGAAAUUUUUUUCUUGUAAAUGCUGGUUCAUGUUGUAAGAUUUGUAGCAAUGAGGCUGAUGCAUUCUAUCUUUGUUCCACCUAGACUACAAAAUAAUUCAUUCAUAUACUUACAGGCGACGCAUGCUAAAUGCGCAUUUUGUUAUCUUCUCUGUAAUACUGCUUCUCUGUAUCACUGUUCUCAGACCUUUUAUUUGGUAUUAAUACCAUAUGCUUAUGAUAAUGAUAGGAUGGCAUACGCCAGUGUUCUCUCCAACUUCA